UCACGUUUUCUUGCUCUUCACUGAUCAAGACAUUAUGAAGCACAAUGGUUGUUCCAGGCUCUCCAAAUUGGAUUGUUGUUGUGGUGCGGGAAUGGGCGUGGCCUGGGGAGAAUCCAGGGCCGAUUGUGAGCCGUGUCCAAUCAAAGGGACCAAAGACUUUGACGACAUGUGUGAAGCUGUGGCAAACAUUCUGAACCCUGCAGACGUAGAUGAAUGCGCGUUAAGAAACGACUUGUGCCCUCAUGGGAGGUGCAUCAAUACAGAUACCGGCUACUAUUGCGAAUGCGAAAUUGGAUACCAGAACUCUCCCAGUGGUUCAUGCAUUGAUGUGAAUGAAUGCUUGGCAGGCAAAUGUAAAGGGGGAAGGUGCCGAAACUCUCCGGGAGGGUUUGAUUGCAAUUGUCCUCCCGGAAUGCAUCUCUCCCAAGACGGCUCCGCGUGCAUUGAUCAUAAUGAGUGCGAGCGAAGUGGGUUCUGCGCUAACGGGGAAUGCAUCAAUGCCAUGGGAUCCUUUAAGUGUGAGUGUAAGGAUGGUUUUCAACUGUCGCCCUCUGGACUCUCUUGUGUGGACAUAGACGAGUGCUUGGAAAACCCGCGCAUUUGCUUGAGAGGCCGAUGUCGAAACACUCCUGGAGCCUAUAUUUGUGAAUGUGAGGGUGGGUUCAUGCAUUCCUCUGAUGGUGCAUUCUGCAUGGAUGAGAACGAAUGCUCUCAUGAUCACAUGUGUGAGAAUGGUCAAUGCAUCAACAUGGACGGGGGUUUCAAGUGUGUCUGCGAUCCUGGCUAUGAAUUGUCUCGGAAUGGCAAGACCUGUGUGGACAUUGAUGAGUGCCGAAGCAGUCCUUGCCUCAACGGGAAGUGUUCCAAUACCAAUGGCGGCUUCCAAUGCGAGUGUCACAGCGGCUUUUCAUUGGGACCAGAUGGUCGAACCUGUACGGACUCCGUCAUGGGCCCUUGCUACGACCUGUUUCGCCAUGGCCAAUGUCUCAACCCAUCCACCAAUAUGGUUUCCAAGUCAUCAUGCUGUUGCAACACCGGGGUCUCCAUUCAAGGUUGGGGAAUGCCUUGCCAGUCUUGCCCGAUCCCCGGAUCUUAUGAGUUCAAGGACCUAUGCCCUCAUGGCCCGGGUUUCACCAACAGUGGCAAUGACAUCAAUGAGUGCGCUCAAAACAAGGACAUCUGUGCUAAUGGGGCUUGCGAGAAUCUAAUUGGAGCUUACAGAUGCAUUUGCAAUCCAGGCUAUGAGAUCGAUCCUUUGGGGAAGCAAUGCGUCGACGUGGAUGAGUGUAAGAUCAACCCCCUCCUUUGUGCUGGAGGCCAAUGUAAGAACACCCCUGGGAGUUAUCAAUGUGCCUGUCCACCAGGAACCAUUUUCAAUCUGGUGUCGAACAUCUGUGACGAUGAGAAUGAAUGUGUACAACUUGGUCUCGAAGCUUGUCCCAAUGGGCGGUGUAUCAACACCAAGGGCAGCUAUACUUGCGAGUGCAACCCGGGAUCAGUUUUAGAUUCCUCUGGGCGUUUCUGCCUCGACAAUCGACGUGGUAGUUGUUGGACCAAAAUGAAUAAUGGCAACCAAUGCGAAAAUAAUUUGCCCACUCUCACCCUCAAAUCCGAAUGUUGCUGCUCUGUCGGGCUAGCUUGGGGUAGUCCUUGCGAAAAAUGUGAUGAGGCAAGAGAUUGUGAUUGUCCAGCGGGGAUGGCUAAAAUGGACGGCAAGGUUUGCACCGACAUCAAUGAGUGUACUUUGGAUCCCAAUGUUUGUCAGGGCGGGAUUUGCAUCAAUACCGAUGGAUCUUUCAAAUGCCGAUGUCCACCAGGAUUAACAUUGGAUACAUCCGGAACCCAAUGUGUGGAUGAGCGAGUUGAGCCUUGCUUCCUGGAUUACCGUCUCGGGGUUUGUAGUAAGGACAUUGGAGGCUUUUACAAGCGCGACCGUUGUUGUUGUUCCAUUGGCGAGGCUUGGGGUCAUCGUUGCUCACAAUGUCCCAGACCUGGAACUGCAGCCUACAACGAACUCUGUCCCAAAGGUCCAGGGUUUGUAGAUCUUCUGGAUGUCAAUGAGUGCUUGAACUUUCCCAACAUGUGCCAGAAUGGUCGCUGUAAGAACACCAUUGGUAGCUACAGCUGCCGUUGCAAUCAAGGGUAUGCCUUGGACGAGGACGGAGUACGGUGUGUAAAUAUCAAUGAAUGCGACAUCAUGUUUGGCGUGUGUGGAAAUGGCACUUGUAUCGAUGUCCCCGGGGGGUUCACGUGUGACUGUGAUGCUGGUUUUGAAACUACGCCAAUGAUGCAGGUCUGUAUGGACAUCAACGAGUGUGAAAGAAGCCCUGGCCUUUGUCGGGGAGGCAAAUGCAUCAACACGCCUGGUAGCUUUCAUUGCGAAUGUCCCAGUGGACAUGAACUAUCUGAGGAUGGCCGUGCCUGCAAGGAUAUUGAUGAAUGUGGUCUGAACUCCGAGGUGUGUUCCAAUGGAGUUUGUGAAAAUAUGAUGGGCGCAUACCAAUGCAUUUGUGACGAGGGAUUCCGCCAGGCUGGUUCUGGAACAUCUUGCAUUGAUAUUGAUGAAUGUGCCGAUGAUAAUGGAGGAUGUGAUAAUAGUUGCAUCAAUACCCCAGGUUCUUACUCGUGCACCUGUGCCACUGGUUAUAUGCUACUGAUGGACGGCCGAAGUUGCAAAGACAUUGAUGAAUGCGAAGAGACCAAGAAUCCUUGUAACGGAGGCAAGUGCAUGAACACACCCGGGAGUUUCUCAUGCGUAUGCUCUGGAGGACUAAUGAUGGGCUCAGACGGAUCCUCGUGUCUCGACCUUGAUGAGUGUGCUAUCAAUGAAAACGUUUGCAAGAAUGGAAAGUGCGAAAACACUCUCGGUUCCUUCAAAUGCCUCUGUGACGAUGGCUACUCAAUCAAAGAGGAAUUGGAAGAUGGCUGCACGGAUGACGAUGAAUGCGAACUCAACUUGUAUCACUGUGAUCCCAGGGCUGAAUGCCAAAACACCAAUGGAUCCUACGUGUGCUCUUGCCAUGAGGGAUUCAGUGGGGAUGGUUUUGAAUGUCAGGACAUUAAUGAGUGCCUUACGAAUAAUGGAGGCUGUGACUCCCAUGCUCAGUGUAUUAAUAUCCCGGGGUCUUUCAAAUGCGUAUGUGACCAAGGUUACAACGGCGACGGGAUCCAGUGUGAAGAUAUUGACGAGUGCUCGGAUGAUCCCACUUUAUGCGACAAUGGAGUCUGUCUGAAUGAGCAAGGAUCAUUUUCUUGCGAAUGCCAAAUGGGGUAUAUGCAUCCCGAGCAAGAUAACACUCAGGCUUGCAUUGAUAUAGACGAGUGUUCCUUACUGGACAACGUUUGCUUGAACGGCGAGUGUGAGAACCUUCAUGGGGUCUACAGAUGCGUGUGCCAUCCUGGAUACACGUUGGAUAAUUCGGGUGGAAACUGCACGGACAUUGAUGAAUGCCAAGAUCAAUUGUCGUGUCAGUAUGGUCAAUGCUCCAAUGAGGAUGGGUCCUAUCAAUGCGAGUGCCCUUCAGAUAUGGAACUCCUUCCCUCGGGCACUGGUUGUGUGGAUCGCAGGGUUGGGAGAUGUUACAUGAACUUCAACAUCACUUUCGGAGGAUAUAGCGUGUGUGGUGGUUCAUUGGGGGAUGAAGUCUCAAGAUCCGCAUGCUGUUGCUCAGUGGGCCUAGCUUGGGGAGAUCGAUGCGAGAAGUGUCCAGAAAUCGGUACUGACGAAUACAACCUAGUUUGUCCGGGGGGCAAAGGUUUCCAUCCCAACGAGAAGACAAUCAUUCUCGAGGAUAUCAACGAAUGCCUUGAAAUCCAAGGAAUUUGCAAAAAUGGCCGUUGCUCCAACACCUUUGGUAGCUACAUGUGCACUUGCGAUCACGGAUUCAAGCUAGAUUCCGGUCAGAUUGAAUGCAUUGACGUUGACGAGUGCUUGGAAAAUCCCAUUGCUUGUGGUGAGGGCAAAUGCGUGAACAUUCACGGAGGCUUUGAAUGUAUCUGUCCAGAUGGAUACAUGCUUGCGUCUGACGGACAGGAGUGCAUCGAUAUGCGCAAAGAGAUGUGCUUCAUGAGCUUCAACUCCAACAAUUGCUCCCAACCCAUGUCACGAUCUCAAACCAAGGUGGUGUGUUGCUGCUCUAUGGGACAGGGUUGGGGUCCCGGUUGUGAGAGCUGUCCAGCCACUGGGACCCAACAAUAUCAAGCCUUGUGCGGCAAUGGGAGUCCAGGUAUGAUGAUAGAUCCCUUGAGUGGGACCACUCACGAGAUUGACGAGUGCCUCAUGAUGCCUGGGAUGUGCCAACAUGGAACCUGCAUGAACACCAUUGGCAGCUUCACUUGCGAUUGUGAGCUGGGGUUUACCUACGACGACGCCUCUCACCAAUGCAUCGACACCAAUGAGUGUAACUUCAACGGAGCAGCAGCUUGUUUCGGCAACUCAAGGUGUGUGAAUACCCAAGGUAGCUAUGAAUGUGUUUGCCCACCAGGAUACAAACUGGACCAUUCUGGUCGCGAUUGUCUGGACGUGGAUGAGUGUUCUGAGAACUUCAACCUUUGUCGAAACGGUCAAUGUACCAAUAUUGGUGGGAGCUUUCAAUGUGUCUGUGAUCAAGGAUUCGCUCUUACCACAUCCAAAGAUGCGUGCAUGGAUCGGGACGAAUGUGCACUGAACCCAACCAUUUGUGGAAAUGGAACGUGCUUGAACGUUCAAGGAUCGUACCGUUGUCAGUGUCAUUACGGGUUCCAAUUGAGUGCCCAAGGAGAUUGUGAGGAUGUGGAUGAAUGCCGCAUUAGAUAUGAUAUUUGUCGGAAUGGCCGAUGUAAAAACACCCGUGGAAGUUUUACUUGCGAUUGCCCAGAUGGUUAUAUUCUCUCAGCUGAUGGGCAAAAUUGCGAGGACGUGGAUGAGUGUCAAGACCCCGGGAUUUGUCCGGAACCCGGUGCUUGUCAAAACAUCAUGGGGUCCUUCAUUUGCACCUGUCCCGAUGGAUACCGCUUGAAUCCCUCUGGAGUGGAAUGCGAAGAUAUCAACGAAUGUUUGGAACAACCCGGCUUCUGCGAAAACGGGUUCUGUGAAAAUCGCGAUGGGGAGGCCUUGUGCGAAUGCAGUCCCGGAUGGGCUUUGGAUCCAUCGGGGAUUAAGUGUCUGGAUGUUCGGACUGAGCAAUGUUUCAAUCAAUAUCGAGGACGGUUCUGUAUGAACCCACGGUCAAUAAAUGCCACGAAACAGACAUGCUGCUGCACCAAAGGCGAAGCUUGGGGCUCUGAGUGUGAGCGAUGUCCAAGAGAAGGAUCAAGAGCCUUUGAUGAAUUAUGUCCGUUGGGCAGUGGACGAGGAGGAGAUGGAGAGGACUUCAAUGAAUGCGAGAUGAUUGAUGGCAUUUGCGAAGGAGGCUCCUGUGUGAACACUGAUGGUGGUUUUAGGUGUGAAUGUCCGAAUGGUUUUACUUUGGACCCCGAAGGGAUCAGUUGCGUGGACGAGAACGAAUGUGUCACGAAACCUCUCAUUUGUGGGAAUGGAACUUGUGCCAACGUGAAUGGCGGCUUUGAAUGCGAGUGCUCAGACGGUUAUGCUCCAGGGCCCAGGGGAAUAUGUGAGGACGUUGAUGAAUGCCGUGAAUAUGGGCAUCAAUGUGCUUUUAGAUGCCACAAUGUUCCGGGCUCGUUUCGCUGCAUUUGUCCCUUUGGCUACACACUAGCUCCUGAUGGUCUGCACUGUAUGGAUUUGAAUGAAUGUGAGUCCGAGGCCAACAACUGUCGAUACGAGUGCAAAAACCUAAUCGGAUCCUUCAUGUGCGUGUGCCCGGAGGGUUAUCGGAAAAUCGGUUAUUCCGACGACUGUGAAGAUAUUGAUGAAUGUGCAAGUAACUCUGAGCUGUGCGGCCAAGGCAGGUGUAUCAACAUCGAAGGGGGCUACCAAUGCGAAUGUCCACUUGGAUAUGAGAUCUCGGCGAAUGGAAAGGAAUGCACUGAUCGGAGGGAGGGACUUUGUCACCAAAAGAUCUUCGGGGGUCGGUGCCCACGAAAGAUGCCCGAGAUUGGAACCACGCUCGUGACCAAGGCAGAUUGUUGCUGCACAAUGGGAGCCGCUUGGGGUGACGAAUGUGAAAUCUGCCCCACUCGUGGAACACUGGCCUUCGAGAAACUGUGUAUGGACACAGGCUUUGGGGCCUAUGGACAAGACAUUGACGAAUGCCAAACUCUGCCCAACCUUUGUAACAACGGCCAAUGCAUUAACGCCAUGGGAUCCUACAGAUGCAUUUGCGACCGAGGAUUCAAACCGGAUAACACCAAGACCGCAUGCAACGACGUGAAUGAGUGUCUCCAAAGACCAGGGCCUUGCGAGCACGAAUGUCAGAACACAUACGGUUCAUUCAUUUGCUCUUGUCCGCCUGGUUACCUCCUCAACUCCGAUCGAACUACUUGUCGGGAUGUGGAUGAGUGUUCCACUGGUCAACACAUGUGUGAGCAUGAAUGCGUGAACACUCAGGGCUCGUACCAGUGUGUUUGUCCGCCUGGCUUCACUCAAUUUGGUGACAGAUGUCUGGAUACAGACGAGUGUGUGGAACAACCGGGUCUCUGCCCACCACCAGGCACUUGCAAGAACACCCGUGGGAGCUUCAAAUGUGUCUGCCCUCGAGGUUAUCGUCUGGACGGAAGUGGGACUUUUUGCAUAGAUACCAAUGAAUGUGACGAGGAUCCUUCUCGAUGUGAUAAAGCAGAAUGUCGCAAUCAUCUUGGAUCGUACAAAUGUGGAUGCCCAGACGGAUUCGCACUCCAUUCUUAUCUCAAUCAAUGCGAGGAUCAGAAUGAAUGUUCCCUUGGAAAUAACCCUUGUGGCAAUGCAAGAUGUCAAAACUCCAUUGGAGGAUAUGCUUGCACAUGUCCGUCUGGCUAUCAGUACAAUCAGCAACUAUUGAUUUGUGUACAAGCCUCGUUGGGGUGCUCUCAAGCCGCAUGCUCAUUUGGAUGCAACCCCGUCGGAUCCAACGGGUUCAGCUGCGGUUGUCCAAGAGGUUAUCAGGGCGUAGGAAACUCUCAUUGCCUUGCCAUUAAUGAUCCAGACAGUUUCCGCGACCAAGGGGAUUUGGAUUAUGAAUUUUUAGAUGAGGGUGAAGAGCAAGAUGAGUCAGUAGUGAGCAACGAAGGCUGCUUUGCUUGCAAAAUGAACGGGAAUGGGUCCAUGAAACGCCGAAGAAUGGGAACAGGACGGCGUCAAAGCCGAAGCUACAGUCGAAAAAGAUUGCAAAGGCGCCGGAAUGUCCACAAUCGAAGCAUUCGCUCAAGCCAAGGUCACAGUCACGCAGAAUUUCCGUCCAAUCAAGACACCAUUAACCUACUCUUUGGUCUUGUGGACACUCGCCACAAAAGGUCAACAGAGGAGCCAACUAGCACAACUACAGGACGGCCUUUUCAAAGCCAGGAGAUCUUAAUCGAAUUGAAACGUAAUCAAACUAAACACAGACGGCGCAUCCUUUUCCUCCAACCUUCAACCAUGGAUCUGGAACAUUAUCUCACUUACGAAAUCGACGGACUGGAUAAGGAAUUGUUCCAGAUCAAACGAAGAGACGGAAUCUGGGGGCUUUUCUACCGUCGACGGGUGCGGGAAGCAGGUGUACACAAAAUCACUAUCCUGAGCAAAGAAGACGCAAACCAACGACACGGCACCUUACACAUGCGAUUGAAAGUAGUAAUUGUAGAUUGAACAAAUUUGAGUAAACCAUAUUAAACCUGUUCCUCCCGCCACGCUUUAAAACCAGUCUCGUGCU